GGGCCCGCCUCUUCCUCCUCCUUGCAGAGCCUGCGCCCGAGCAGACAGACGCUCGCAGCCGAAACUGCCUUCUUGGCGCGACUCUUCCCACCGUCUGAGCAGCCUUCUCUCUCCUGCCACCAGUCUGACCUUGGCACAGUCCUGCAUACAGAACCUUUUAUUCUAAUUUUUUAGUAACUUGUAUGAAGGAAAUAUUGAAGAAAAACACUUUCUCCAGAAAGAUACGCAAGAAUCUGUACUGCCUCUAAAUUGUAAUUUCUGAAAUUCCCAAAAUUGAUUUUAAAAGAUCUAUCUGAAUAACCGGUCGGUAUUUAUGUAGCAACCGUUACUGGAUUAUUGUUUUCCAUUGCUUUCUGCGUCCUCUAUGUACCUGAAGGAUCUAAAGCAACUUAAUGGAGAAAAACUGUGCAUUUGUACCUUCCUCUGUUUAACAAGAAGAGAGGCAGCAUUCUUCUGAUUCUGCUAAAAAUGCCGGACGUGUAUGAAUUUCAUUGGCACAAUGGCGACUCUUAAGGAAAAACUGAUUGCACCAGUUGCCAAAGAAGAGGCAACAACCCCAAACAAUAAGAUCACUGUUGUGGGUGUUGGACAAGUUGGUAUGGCCUGUGCCAUCAGCAUUCUGGGAAAGUCUCUGGCUGAUGAGCUGGCCCUUGUGGAUGUGUUGGAAGAUAAACUCAAAGGAGAAAUGAUGGAUCUGCAGCAUGGAAGCUUAUUUCUUCAGACACCUAAAAUUGUGGCAGAUAAAGACUACUCUGUGACCGCCAAUUCUAAGAUUGUGGUGGUAACUGCUGGAGUUCGCCAGCAAGAGGGAGAGAGUCGUCUGAACCUGGUGCAGAGGAACGUUAAUGUCUUCAAAUUCAUUAUUCCUCAGAUCGUCAAGUACAGCCCUGAUUGCAUCAUAAUUGUGGUUUCUAACCCAGUGGAUAUUCUCACAUAUGUUACCUGGAAACUAAGUGGAUUACCCAAGCACCGUGUGAUUGGAAGUGGAUGUAAUCUGGAUUCUGCUAGAUUUCGCUACCUUAUGGCUGAAAAACUUGGCAUUCAUCCCAGCAGCUGCCAUGGAUGGAUUUUGGGAGAACAUGGCGACUCAAGUGUGGCUGUGUGGAGUGGAGUGAAUGUGGCAGGCGUUUCUCUCCAGGAACUGAAUCCAGCAAUGGGAACGGACAAUGACAGUGAAAAUUGGAAGGAAGUGCAUAAGAUGGUGGUUGAAAGUGCCUAUGAAGUCAUCAAGUUAAAAGGAUACACCAAUUGGGCUAUUGGAUUAAGUGUGGCUGAUCUCAUUGAAUCCAUGUUUAAAAAUUUAUCCAGGAUUCAUCCAGUAUCAACGAUGGUGAAGGGGAUGUAUGGCAUUGAGAAUGAAGUCUUCCUGAGUCUCCCGUGUAUUCUGAAUGCUCGGGGAUUAACCAGUGUAAUCAACCAGAAACUGAAGGAUGAUGAGGUUGCUCAACUCAAGAAAAGCGCAGAUACCCUCUGGAACAUCCAGAAGGACCUCAAAGACCUGUGACUACAGGGUUCUAGGCUGUAGAAAUUUAAGAACUACAAUGUGAUUAACCAUGAGCCUUUAGUUUCCAUCCAUGAACAUGGAUCACAGUUUGCUUUUAUCCUCCUAAAUAUGUGAACCUGGGCUUACAGAAUCAAAGCCCAUACCUGGUGUAAUGCUUGCAACAUGAGUCCUUGAACAAAUAAAUUAACGAUGGUAGUGUG